AUGGCUGCGGAUCCUCAGCGGAAUGGUGGGGUGGAAGUAGACGAGACGAAGAGGGACGUGCUGGAGCGUCAAGCUGCAGACGACUCGCAAGCAUCCGACAACGACGGCGGUGAGCGCCCCGUCCGCCACAAAUUAAAAGAAACCUCGAUCACCUCGGCACCCAAGACUUCGACGGACGGCGACGCCAACAUGACCGGCAAUACGCAGGAAGGAAGCUCCAGCAGGGCCAGCAGCAGGGGCAGGAAGCGAUCAUUCGAUGAGGAUGAGCCGGAGAAGAACGAAGACGAUGCAGGCCACCGUCGCAAGCGGUCGCGCGACUCGAACUCCGAGGAGGAGAAUGCAAAUGCCGAUGUCGAUGUGGAAGUCCCGCAGCCACAGAAGGGAGACGAAGUGACACGGGAUAUUGCGGUUCCGAAGAAGAAGAGAAGCAGGGAUCAGUUGGAUAAGGAUGAAUCGACAGUCGGUGCUUCGGGCGAGAAAGCGGAGCAGAAUGCUGCGGAGGAGGCCUCCACGGAAAAGUCUGAAGUCGAAGGACAGCCCGAGAAGAAGAGACAUACGGAUGAUGCGCGAGAGAAGGAAUCGGCUCCUAUUACCAGUGCGUUUGCGAAUACAUCGUCGGUUUCGCCAUUUGGGGCAAUCGGUGCGAAGGCCAAGGAAGAAGCAAAACCCGCUGCCGCCACAUCAUCAACUGCCUUUGCUGCGUCAAGUCUGGCCGCGUUCGCCAGCUCGGAACAAUCGCCCUUUGGCUCCCUCGGAAGCUCCACACCCUCUGUCUUCAAGUCGCCGGCAUCGGCGGACUCUCCUCAGCCGGCUGCUACUGGAUUUGCUUCUGCAGCCGGCACAUCGGGAUUCGCUGCGCUGGGGUCCGGUUUCUCUGGGUUCAGCGGUGGCUUUGCGGCAGCCAAGCCCGCCGGUGGACUUACGAGCUUUGCCUCCCCUAGUGCUCCCAGUGUUCUGAGCGGCUCCAAGACGUCUGCUUUCGGAGCACCCGAAGACGAGGAAGAAAAGGAGGAAGAUGAAGAACAAGCCGGUGACAGCGGCCCGGGGGAGUUCGAGCAAGACAAGACGGACGAGAGAUUUUUCGAACGUCCGAUCGAGACGGGCGAGGAGAACGAGAAGACAUACUUCUCAUGUAAAGCCAAGCUUUUCCACUUCACGAACAAAGAGUGGAGAGAGCGUGGCAUUGGGACCUUCAAGGUCAACGUCCGUGUCACGGACGGAGUAGAGGACAAGAAGGCAGCUCGCAUGAUCAUGCGUGCAGACGGUGUGCUGCGCGUGAUGCUGAAUACGCCCAUCUUCAAGGGAAUGACAGUUGGUGAUGGACAGGGCAAGGAGCCCAAGUCGAAGCAGAUCAACCUAGCCAGUUUGGAAAGUGGCCGCUCUGUUCCGAUCUUGCUCAGAACCGGAAGCGAAGACCUCGCCAAAGAAUUAUACCGCGUUGUUCGCGACCUCCAGGAAUACCAGUGA